GUAGGUAUUAUAUCGCAAAUAAGUUCUUUCAUUGCAGAACAUGGAGGGAAAUUUCAGAAAUUUAUUCCGGAAAUUCUGUUUGGAAGGCUCCUUCAUAGGAUUAAAAUAUUUUUAUAUAUAUCCAGAUUUUGUGUCAAGAUGUUUUUGGAUGGUAAACACUGUGCUCACCUUGGGUCUAUCGUGGACACUCGUCUAUCUACUGUACAAUCGCUUCAAUGACAGGCCCACGAGAAUCACCAUAGAAAACCAAUACGAGAUGAUGAAGAAUAUGCCCUAUCCAUCAAUUACAAUAUGUUCACCAAAUCAAAUAACCAUCAGUUCCAUGAAGCAUUUUAAUAAGACCCUUGUAGAUGGUGACAUUACGUUCGAUUUAGAGCGUGUUCUUCCCCAAUUAUUGGGUUUUUACGUACCCCUGCAAGUAUGGGAUGCGCCUGGUCUGGAACAACUGCAGAAGGUUAUCAACCUUAAUAGAUACACUGUACCAGAGGUAAUUAACUUAAUGCCCCAACGUUGCGAUCGGUUUUUAAAACUAUGCAUACUACAAAGGAAAUCGUACCCUCACUGUCGAGGUCUAUUCAGGCCAAUACUCACAACGAACGGACACUGCUGCAUCUUCAAUAAUAUAUACUACUUCGAAAAUAAACGGAGGAAUGAGAAAGAUUUUAAUUUUCUCAAUUGGAAGGUAAAAUCCUUUGGCCCAAUGGAGCCGCUUACAGUAGUCACGGACUACGAACCAGACGACGCGCUCGACGGAACCAUAGUCAACGCCGGUUCAAUACGGAUAAUGAUCAACGAUAUGUACGAGUUUCCAGCAGAUGAAGAGACAAAAUUAGUGCAUCCUUACACAGAGUCAUUUCACAUAAUUCACGUUUCUUAUACAUAUUGCUCAGAGGAUGUGCGAGCUUUACCCUCUUCGAGUCGCAAUUGCUUCUUCAAUGAUGAACAACAUUUACCAUUUUUUGGAGAUUACCGUAAUUCUGACUGCGAUCAAUUGUGUUACGUGAAAGCUGUGGAGGCAGCCUGCGAUUGUAUGCUAUACUACGUUCCAUAUGUAAAAGCUCAGCGGGCUUGUAACUUCACAAGUAUCUCUUGCAUCGUGAAGGCUAAACUUCAUAUCUUUAAAUGGCUUACAUCAGAAAACUGCGAUUGUCCGAGGGACUGUGACUCACGCCGCUACACCACUGACAUGACAGUAGGCAACCUGGAUGCCCUUCCGUACGUGAUGACAAAUUCUUUUACCGAUCUGAAGCUCAACAAAAGUUCCUCCAUUAUGCAUUUCUACUUCCCAAACCCCGUAUAUGUAAAACAGAAGCAAGAAACAGUGAUGUCCCUUAUUAGCAUUACUUCAAACUUGGGAGGUGUGUUUGGUUUGUGUCUCGGAUGCAGUAGUAUCAGCAUUCUGGAAAUUUUAUUUUAUAUAUAUAAAACUAUAAAGAACAGUAUUUCAAGAAAAAGCAAACAACUGCAAUUGGAACGUGAAGUAUUUUACUAUAAUUAAUGGCAUAACAAAUUCGUUAAUAACCUAAUUUGUAUUAAUGACUAUUUUUUUUAUUGUCGUCGCAUAACUGAACAAUUAUUUACUGAUUUUAAGGAAAAGGAAUUAUUUCUCGCGUAUAAAUCUUUUUCUAUAAAUUUUUAUGAGUAAUUCUGACUGUUUAUAUUAUAGUAAAGAGGUAAAUAUGGCAGUUCUAGGUUUUAAAAGAGGUAAGCCCAACAACAAAAAUAAAACAAGUUAGUAGGUGUAUGUAACAAAUUUAUAUUUUCUGAUUUACAUAUAUAAUUCACUAUAUCUGGCGAUAAAUUUCAAUAAUGUUAUCAAAUAUAUUGGUAUUGCUUUGCUUAAUUUCUUGAAAAAAUACAAAAGUAUUCUAUGCGUUAAGAAAACAUCUUCUAGAAAAAAUUACAUCUUUCUUAUUAAAUCUAGAUGUUCAUAUUAUGCAUAAUAUUUCGAAUGCGUACUAAGUUUAUAUAAAAAUCGGUUGCGCAAACGUUGACUCGCGCUAUUGCGAGCCGUUUCGAGUGAUGAUUUAUUAUCUAUACUAAAUAAAUACUCUCAGAAUCCGUCCUAUUCAAUAAUACUUCAAAGUAAAUGAAAGCUAAACAAACCUACAGUAACGAAAUAAAAUGAAUUUUUGGCUUAGAUUUUAAUUAUAUCUACAAUAAAGCAUAUAACUUAAUAAUUUGGUCUAAGUUAUGAAUAUUAUAAUUAAAAUGUUAAGUAUUCUUAUACUAAUUAUUGCCUUAAACUAUUUUACUUUAAAUUCCAGUGGUCUCUAUAAAAACGACCGACAGACUCAUGCCUAUGAAAAAAAUUGUAUCUAAAAUACAAUAUGUAUAAUUAAAACUAUCAUUAAUCUAAUAUCGAUGAUUUUAGACGCUCUACACUAAUCAGUGACUCAAUUAUCUAUAAUAAUAGACUAAUUAAAUCUCAUCAUUGGUAUAAAUCAUUAUAAAUAUGAGCAUUUUGAACAGAAAUUAAAAGUAUAUUUUUUUUAUUAAACUUUAUAGUAUACAGGAUGUAAAGAAAAUAUAUCUGGUAACUAAAUCCGUACACCAUACGUAUUCUGUAUUCUAAACAUUUACUAAUCCAUCGAAACCUAAUACAAA